AUGGCUCCGGAGGUGGUGGAGGCCUUCAGUGAGGAGGCUACGAUCUAUGAUAAGCGCUGUGACCUGUGGAGUCUGGGGGUCAUCCUGUACAUUAUGCUGAGUGGGUACCCUCCCUUCGUGGGGCGCUGUGGCACCAACUGUGGCUGGGACUGGGGAGAGCCCUGCCAGGAAUGCCAGUGUGCUCCCAACACCGUGCCCUCCAGGCUGAACCACAGAGGCAGCAGAGCCCAGGACCUGACCUUCUUCGCUGGCCAGGCUGUGGCCGUCACCCGCCAGCUGGCUGAGCAGGACGAGAGCGACCGUCAGGAGAGAGAGGACCGCAACGAAGAUUCUGAGGAAGAAGGGUCAUUGGGGUCCCUCUCUCUGUCCCCCUCGCCCCACCACAUGGCUACCAGCACCACUGCUAGCUGCAGCCUCAGCCCCCAGAGCUCCCUGCGCCCCCUCUCCCCCUUGUCCUCUCGGCUGGCCCGGCAAAAGAGGAGAGGGCCCCCACACACAGGGCCAGUGUGUGCCUCGGAGCUCCGGCAGCUCCUUGCACCCCUGGUCAUCAUGGAGGACUGUGCCUGAAACCUCUAAUAACCGUUAAACUGACCGACCAACUGCAAACCUAACCGGAUAAUGCUUCUGAAAAUUCACUGCUCAUCUCCUCCUCCCACCUCUUUUCCUCUCUACCCCCUCCCAUCUUUCUCAUCACUAAGCCACACCUGCAAUACCUCAGUGGCUUGGAUGAUGAUGGGGAUGUUGCCUUCACAGCACUUAAAGAAGCACAUUGACCCUCUGCCUAAUUUGAAGACUCUUCUACU